UUUAUCUGUCUGCAGGUGAGAUCAGAAACUGACGGCCUACAGACAGCCUGUAGUUCAGUUUGAAGCGAUUCAAAUUAAAUAAUGUUGCAUUAUCAUUAUUUUAUAUUUUAGAGGCGCUGCUGUGUGUCCGCCGGUAGGUGGCGCGGUUUGUUGACAGCUGAUCAGUAUUAAUGUCAGACAGACAGACAGACAGACCGAUGUCUCCUCUCGGCUGUCUGACAUCCAGCUGUAAAACAAACAUCUGGAAUAACAUCUGAGUGGCUUCCUUCACGGUGAACUCUGACAGAAAUAUGGCGACCCCGCCGCUCCCGCCGUCCAUCCUGAGGGAGUUCUGCCCGCUCUACUACCUGCUGAACGCCAUCCCAGCCAAGGUGCAACGGGGUUUCCGCUCCGUCCUCGUCUACCUGACGGCGGUGGACAGCAGCAGUGACUUCGUGGCGGUGGGCAGCAGCAUCGGCAUGCUGUACCUGUACUGCCGCCGUCUGGCUCACAUGAACAAGUACAGCCUUGAGGGAAAGUGUGAUGCGAUCACAGCUGUGAAGCUGCUGAGCUGUUUUGAUGAUCUGGUAGCCGUGGGAACAGCGUCGGGCUGUGUGGCAGUCUUCCAGCUGGUGUCUCCACUUCCUGGUCGCAACAAACAGCUGAGGCGUUUUGAUGUGGUUGGGCUCCAUAAAGGGAUGGUCACGUCUCUGGCCUGGAGCACGAAUGGCAUGAAACUGUUUUCUGGAGAUGAUAAAGGACGAGUGGUGUUCUCCGCUCUGGACCUGGACCAGGGUGUGUGUAAACCUGUGCUGCUGUUGGAGGAGUCUUCAGGUGUGGUUCAGUUGGAGUACAGUCACCAGGUGCUGCUGGUCUCGACACAGCAGAGAUCUCUGCUUUACUGCACACAGACACAGGAGGUCCAGCAGCUGGGCACCAAGCCCAGGAAGAGCAGCGGCAGGUUUGGAGCGUGCUUCCUGCCGGCGCUCUGUAAGCAGAGCGACCUGCAGGUGUUUGCUGCUCGGCCGGGACUCCGACUCUGGAGGUCAGAUAUCAAAGGACAGGUAGAGGACACGCGUCUGCUGAAACCACUGUUCAACACGCAGAUUCCUCAGUUUGAGUUAUUUCCUCGUCCUGGACCAAUCGGAGCUUACCGCCCAGCAGACAGACAGCUCGGUCUGCUCAGCUGUUUCCUCAGAGAGGGUUGGAUCCUCAGCUGGAACGAGUACAGCAUCUAUGUCCUAGACUGCAUUAACGAGGUGAUCAUUGGUGCGUUGGAGAGCAGUGGAGACAUUGUGUCAGUCUCAUGUUGUGACAACGAGAUCUUCAUUCUUAAAGGAGACAGAGACAUCAUCCGCUUGUCCAACAGCCCUGAGGGACUGGCCUCCAACUUGUCAGAGUUCUCAGUGCGGCUGUCCUCACCUUUGACCACGCCCACCAUCCUCCCACCAACCGGAUCAGUGGAGACGGCUCAGCCAAUCAGAACCAUGGCCAUCAUUGUAGAGGGAGGGGGGAGAGAAGGAGGGGGAGGAGGGGAGAGACAUGGUGAAGAGGGAAACGAAGAAGAAGAAGAAGAGGAGGAGGUGGAGGAGGCGGAGGAGCAUGACGAGCAGCUAGAGGUGAUGGAGCAGCUCUGCCAGCCGCCCAGCAUCUUCACCUGCAGCUCUCGCAGCCGCAGCAGCUCUGUCACUUCCUGGGACAGUCUCCAUGGAAACGGCCUGGGCUCCAGGCGCUAUAGUGCCCCCCUGGGACAGGAGGAGAUGCAGCAGGAGCUGGUGGUGAAAGCCAUCAGAGUGAAGAAGAAGAAGAGACGGCAGCAAGACAGCGGUGGUGGGAAACGUCUCUCUGAGAGCAGCUGCUCAGACUCCAUGUUUGUAGUCCAGGACAGCAGCUGUAGUGAUGGAGGAAGUGGAACUCCACUGAGUGACAGAGCUUCCUUCAUUGGUCUGGACCUUCAGAACCAGGACUCUCCAGAACAGGACAAGGACCAGUCUUCCUCCAACCAGUCUGGCUCCUGCCUCCCUCCAGACUCCCUGCUCCUCCAGGGCCUGGAACACCAGCUGAACCCAGAGAAGGCAUCUGUUCCUGGGGCAGAGACGGAGGUUGUCCCCCCGACCCCGGAUGUGGAUCUGCUGCUAGAGUGCACUUUCUCCUACAUGCACACCACUGAAGAGGAUGGUGGACAGGAGCAGCAGCCAAUGGAGGAGCAGGAGGACGAGUUUCUGAGCCCUCUGAUUGGACCGGAGGAGCAGGAGCAGGAGGUGGAGGAGGAUGACUUGGCGCCCCCUGCUGGUCUGGCUGACCAGAUGUUUUACUCCACUGUGUCCAGUCUGGACAGAAAGCCCAGUAUGUCCAGUGAUGAAGAGGGAGACAUCUACUGCCACAGUCUGCCCCCUGCUGGCAGCGGAGCCGAUACCCGCAGCUGUCCAUCCAAUCAGACAGAGAAGACCACAGACAGACAGACGGACCAGGAAGCUCAAGACAGAGACAGACACAAACCUGACCAGUUGGCAGAAAGCUGGAUGGGAUAUUCUGGACCAGGAUGUGGAAUACUGAGCCUGCAGGUGACGGAAAGGUAUGUGUGGUGCCUGGACUUUAAAGGAGGACUGUUCUGUAGCGUUCUUCCUGAAACUGGCCUCAACUGGCAGCGUUUUGAGGAUAAUGUCCACCAGAUGGCCCUCUCACCUUCAGGUAACCUGCUGUGGAAGGUGGAGCAGAAGAGCAUGACGGCGUUUGCAUGUGCUAAGGUGUCGGUGAAAGGAAAGCGUCACUGGUACAAAGCUGUGGAACAAACCGCUUUCGUAGCUCUGAGUGACGACUCGGCCUGGAUCAUCAGGACCAAUGGAGACCUGUACCUGCAGACAGGUCUGAGUGUUGAGCGUCCGUGUGCACGCUCAGUGAAGGUGGACACACCCUGCGUGUUCAGCCAGGUGUGUGUGAGAGGAGGCGUGGUCUGGGCUCUGAGCGAACACAAAGCUUUAUUCUACAGAGAAGGACUGAACAGCUACUGCAGUGAGGGAGACGGCUGGAAAUACGACACUGUCAGCGAGGCUCAGGGUUUGGAUCUGAUGUGCGUCGCCCUGGGAGACGGUGGGACGGCCUGGGCGCUGGAUGCCAGUGGCAGCCUCUGGUUCAGAACCGGAAUCUGUUCAUCCAGACCGCAUGGAGAUGACGAUCACUGGUGGCAGAUCAGUAUUUCAGACUACGUGGUGUUUGAUCAGGGCAGUCUGUUCCAGACGCUGCUGCAGGCCACGCAGAGCGUUGCCACGGUAACCAGGGCUCCGGUGGAGCGCGUGGUGGCAUUCCUGUCGCAGUACUCGCAGUGUCAGCCGAGCCUGGUCAGCGCCAACAGCAGCGGUGUCUGGGUGGCAUCAGGACGCAACCAGCUGCACCUGGCCCGGGGCAGCCUCGUGGGAACUUUCUGGCAGAACGUUGUUCCAAGAGGAACCGUCUCAGCCACCAGGUGGACCUUCAUCACAUCUUCAGCUGUGCCUCACAGAGAAGGUACGUUUCUGUGGCUGGCUCAGAGCAGGAAGGAUCUGUUCUGUGUUUGGGAUCAGGAUGGAGAGCUCCGCCCCUCCUCCGUCCCCCUACCACCUGAAGUGGAGCUGACUCACCUGUCCGCCUGUCGUGACGCUUUGUGGGGUUUGGACUCACAUGGCCGAGUCAGUAUUCGCACUCUGUCUGCGUCCUGUCCCACCGGCCUCCACUGGACGCAACUCGACCUCAGUCAGCUAGGAGGUGUGCGUCUGGUCAGUGUGAGCUGCGGCAGUCAGAACGUUUGGGCGGUCGACAGUCGAGGAGUCGUUUACUUCAGAGUUGGAACUCAACCUCUGAACCCGAGCAUGAUGCUGCCGGCCUGGAUCCAUAUAGACCCACCUGUACAGCCAGUAGGAGUGCAGCUGGUCAGUAUUCAGACAAGUCCUAACGACCGGCUGCUCUGGGCAUUGGACAAUAGAGGCAGUGUGUUCGUCAGGACGGGACUCAGCGACGAGAUGCCUGUCGGGACGGACUGGGAGCUGGUGCCAGGCCUGGCGGUGAGUCAGCUGGUCCUCAGCUGUCGGACAGUUUGGGUUCGGUGUGUAAACGGAGAUCUGGCUCGACGUUACGGUGUCUCUGACAGAAACCCAGCAGGAGAUUACUGGAAGAAGAUCCCCGGAAACGCCAACUGGUUAACUGUCACUCCAGAGGAUGAGUUGUGGGCGGUGACUCUGAUUGGUGGAUUGUCCCGUCGGCUGACGAAGCUCCUUCCACAGACUCCCUGUAGGCCCGCCCCCUCCGGCCCCCUUCUCAGCGGGGAUGAUGCCGAUGACGAAUGGGAGCUCAUCUAACCCAUGACAUCACCGCAAUGUCACCGCUGUUCAGUGUUUGUCUGGAUUUACCUGGCUGUACACUGUGAUGUCACAGUGACACCGCUGGACCGACACUGAUUAGGCAGUGACAUCACUUUCAAGAUGGCCAACACACAGGGAGCCCAGAUGUCUGCUGGGAAAUUAAGUGAACUGAGACUUUGUACUGAGCACUUUAUUCUGAAGGGAUGAUGGACUACAGAUACCUUCACUGAAAAUGGUUCUAACCAGUUCUAAUUGGUUCUGACCGGUUUUAACUGGAUCUAACUGGUUUCAUUUAUUGAUUAUUUAUCGGAAGCCGGAGGUGCUUCAAGCUAACUGGGAGAUUAAAGGGACCAGUCUAGCUCAGUGGUCCACAUCAGUCCACGUUUCAGUGUGUCAGGGGGAGCAACAGGUGGAAGCAACAUGUCGCUGGUUCUCCUCCUGUGGGCCUCAGUUAGUUGCACACCUGUCUGUCUGUCUCACAGUUACCAUGGCAACCAGCUGGAGCCCUGCCCACUGGAACUGAUCCAUCAAAAACUGUAAAAAUAUCAAUGUAAUGAUCAAAGAUUGGACUGGACUGUAGUGGACUCUGAUGGACUCUGACAGCAUUACCACGGAAACCUGAGCAGGAUGUUAUGCUGCUGUAAGCUGAUUGGUUCUGCUGCUGACCAAUAAGAACUCACCUGUUGUUUCAUUAAUUAACUUAAUAAACAUCUUUAAACACUGAA